AUAACUUUGUUUGAAAUUUCAAAUAAAAACGGUGUAGAUGAAGCAAUUCUUAAAGCACUUUUGACAGGAGGUGAGGAACUGUCAUUGUAUAAGCAGCUAAAACUGACAUAGUUAUGGAAUCGAGCUGACCUUGCAAAAGAUUGCAUUUCACUAUCUAAAAUAAAUGAUACAGCUGUAAUGGAUGACUGUCUGAAGCAACAGAUGCAGCAGAUGGAAAAAGAUUUGAAUUCUGUAAUGAUCAUGGCUUUAGCAAUGAACCGAGUUGAUUUUAUAAAACUGUUUCUUAACUUUGGAAUCAGUAUUCAGUCUUUACUUACCGCAGAUGUACUUCAGUUUCUGUAUGGUUAUGGCUUUAAAAACCACCAUUCUGUUUUUAAAAAAUUAAUAAAAGAUAAGCAUUAUUUACCUGCCACUGGGGACUAUAUAAAAGUAAUGAAGACAUUGUGUAGGUACAAAAAUCAUAACCCCGCAAAUAUUUCUUUAUCACUAAAAAAAAUUCAAAAAAUUAUUGGCAGAGCUUGUUCCAUUUUCGUAAGAAACAAAGAAACAGAUAAGUUUAUUGUGGUUAACAAAGGACAGAAAGAGUUUUCACAUCCAUAUAAGCAACUGUUUUUUUUUGCUUUGCUUUCCAAUAUGCCUGAAUUGGCUCAUUAUGUAUGGGGUUUUGAAGAAGAAUGUUUAUUAAAAGCAUUUUUUGGCAUUGUAGUCAAUAAUUAUUUAGCAGAGAAAGCAAGAAAACAUAAUCUUCCAGAUGACAUCAGAAUUAAUAUAGAAAAAAAUGAAUUUGCAUUUCGCAAACUUUGUACAUCUUUGUUAGAUCAAUGUUUUAAAAUUAACAGAGAGAAAACAGAAAAACUCAUCACCAACAUAUCUUUAGAGUUUAAUUUGCAUACAUGUUUGAAUUUAGCUGUUUUGUGCGAUCAUAAGGAGUUUAUUUCACACAAUGCUGUUCAGACUAUUUUGAAUGAUGUUUGGUUUGGACCAAUAAAGGAUUUAGGUUUUUCCAGAAUGCAUUAUUUAUUAGCUUAUUUUUGUCCUCUCUAUAUUUCUACAUUUCAAUUCAAGAACACUGAUCAUGAUGCAGUUAAAUUUAAUGAAAAUAUUGUCAAAAAUGAAGAAGCAUAUUCGACUGAAAAGGAUUCUAACCAGUUAAUCAAAAACAUCUAUAUAUUUAAUGAUACAACUUUGAAAUCAAAAGAACUAACAGAAAUAAAAGUGCCUAUUUUCAAAAAAAUUUGGAGUUUUUAUUUUAAAGUUCCUGUUGUAAAGUUUAUGUCACAUUUAUUUGGCUAUUUGAUUUUUUUGAUCUUCUUUGGAUAUGUUGCAAUGCUUAUAAAAGACACUACAACGCCAUCUAUUACAGAAUGGAUUUUGGUCUUAUACAUUGGUUCAUUAACAAUCGAAGAGUUACGACAAGUUAUACAUGAUGAAGCAUUUACAGCCAAACGAAAGCUAUAUAAUUGGUGGUCAAGUUAUUGGAAUAGGUUGGAUGCAGCAGCACUUCUAGUGUUUUAUCUUGCACUUGCUUUUAGAUUCAAUCAAAAAACAUUACCUGUUGCACAGGUUUUGUAUGCCAUAGAUGCAGGCAUGUGGGUGAUACGAUUGUUGAAUGUUUAUUAUGUGGAUAUUGCAUUGGGUCCUUAUGUUAUUAUGAUAUCCAAAAUGUUUAAAGAUAUGGUAAACUUUUUGCUGAUACUGUUUGUUUUUCUUCUUGCAUAUGGUAUUUCUGUGAUAUCCAUUUUAGUACCACAAGAAGCCGGAUUUAAUAUGAUUAUAGAUGUAUUCUUUCAUCCUUAUUUCAACAUAUAUGGUGAAUUAUUUGUUGAACGAGAUGCACAAAGUAAUGUAACACGCUUUGGAACACCUGAAAUGAAUAAUUAUUCGGAAUUUUUUGCUUGGAUUCUUCUGGGAUGUUACCUGCUGGUUGCAAAUGUUUUGCUUCUAAAUCUUUUAAUAGCAAUAUUUAACAAUACUUUUGAAGAAGUUCAAUCUAAUGCUGAUACGAUCUGGAAGUUUGAGCGUUACAAAUUGGUACUAGAAUACGCUAACCGACCACCACUUAUUCCUCCAUUUAUACUUUUAUGUCAUAUAUACAUGUUGGGAAAAUACUUGACAGAUAUGUUUUUUUACCAAGCUUGCCAACAAGAAGAAAAAGAAUUUCUUUUUACAGAACGUAAAUUGACAGAACAAGAGCUUGAUGAAGUGAAUGAGUUUGAAAACGAAUGCAAAUUGUUUCUUUUAAGAAAGCAAGAAGAAAUCGGCGACAAUGAGCAAUAGUUAUGCGGGUUUUUUUUUAGCUUUUUUAAAACCUUUUUUUUAUUGUUACGAAUUAUGAAGCAAAUAUUAUUAAUAAACGUUUUUUAAGCUUAU